CAUCCUGAGGCAGGCCUGCCUGGAAGGCACCCCAGAGCCUGCUGCGAAGGACUUGUCACCAGCACGUGUCCUGGGAGCUGGGCUCUAGGUGUGCAGACAGGGCUGAGCAGCCUGAGCCCGCCUGUGCUCCAGCACUGGACACUGCAGGGCCCAUGCUGACCGUCCUGGGGGUCACUCGGUAUGGCUGCCUCGACGAAGGACCCCGCGCCGGAGGAGCCCAUGGGGAGAGCACUCCUGUUCUGGGCCUCGUUCUGGGGGCCCCGGAGCGAGAAGCUGGUCCUGAGCAGGGCGGAGGGCACGCCCGAGGAGGCGGUGCUCACCAUCACCAUCACGGAGAGCACUGCCCUGGAAUCAGACCUGGGCACCUGGAGCGCCCGCACGCUCGUCUACCUCAGCCUCUGGUUCUUCUUAAGUUUCUGCACCCUCUUCCUCAAUAAGUACAUCCUGUCCCUGCUGGAGGACGAGCCCAGUGUGUUCGGUGCCGUGCAGAUGCUGUGCACCGCCUGCAUCGGCUGCGUGAAGGUCUUCGUGCCCUGCUGCCUAUCUCAGCACAAAGCCCGCCUCUCCUACCCGCCCAACUUCAUCCUGGCCAUGUUUUUUGUGGGCCUGAUGAGAUUCGCAAUGGUAGUUUUGGGCUUGGUCAGCGUGAAGAAUGUGGCGGUUUCCUUUGCUGAGACCGUGAAGAGCUCGGCCCCCAUUUUCACCGUCAUCACGUCUAGCAUGAUUCUGGGGGAGUACACAGGCUUGCUGGUCAACCUCUCCUUUAUCCCCGUCAUGGGCGGGCUGGCUCUGUGCACUGCCACCGAGAUCAGCUUCAACAUUCUGGGCUUCUCGGCUGCGCUGUCCACCAACAUCAUGGACUGUUUGCAGAAUGUUUUCUCAAAAAAGCUCCUCAGUGGGGACAAGUACCGGUUCUCGGCUGAGGAGCUCCAAUUCUACACCAGUGCCGCUGCUGUGGCCAUGCUCGUCCCUCCCUGGGUCUUCUUCAUGGACUUGCCGGUGAUCGGGAGGAGCGGGAGAAGCAUCAGCUACAGCCAGGACGUGGUGGUGCUGCUGCUGCUGGACAGUGUCCUGUUCCACCUGCAGAGUGUCACGGCCUAUGUGCUCAUGGGCAAGGUCUCACCGGUGACCUUCAGAGUGGCCAGCACUGUGAAGCACGCCCUGUCCAUCUGGCUCAGCAUCCUCAUCUUUGGCAACAAAGUCACCAGCCUGUCAGCCAUAGGCACCGUCCUGGUGACAGUGGGUGUCCUGCUCUACAACCGAGACAAGCAGCACCAGCGGGAGGCUAUGCAGAGCCUUGUCACCACCAGCAGACAUGCCCCGGAGGAGGACAGCAAGCUGUUGGGCCCCAAGGGCCCCAGGCCUGGGUACCAGUGA